UUUUGGCGGUCGUAGAUAAGUUGUAGGUUAUUUAUCCGCUAACCUAUUUUUAUUCCAAACUUCAGAACUAAAAAAAUCGUCUUGUUGAUAACGAAUUUUUAUUUACGUGCGUUAAUUACCAAAUAAUAAAAUUAUACUCACGCGGCCAUUUGCCACCAACGAAGUGAAGGUCGACGUUAGCCUAUCGCAAAGCUUGGUUAGGUUGUCAAAAUCAUAUAAUUUUUAACAUUUCAAUAAUGCUUCUUAUAACUUAACGUUAAAAUGGAAGAAUCAUUUGACUUAACAUGGGAGGAUUCAUCCACAGUAGUACAAACCGAAGAGGUAAUUUGUGGUAUAGAAAAUGAAAUCCUCCCUUCGGAAAAUGUCGAAUUCACUGGUGUUCAAGAAGAGACAGUUACAGACGAAGUUAUAGAAAUACAAGAAAAAGAGGAAGUCAUUGAAUUACCGGAUAUACAAGAAACACAGGAAGUACAAGAAAAUGUUGAUCAUGGUAUUAUGUACCUACCAGAUGGUAAUAUGCUUGUAGUUAAUGAUCAAGGCAGAAGUGAUUAUCAAGGACAGAUAAUGGAUUGUCAAGUUUCUGAAGAGAUCAUUACUGGGGAAUGGGGGGAAAGUUGUGCAGAAGAAAUUGUUGUGGGUUCUGAAGAAGCAGUAGGUACAGAAGACGGUAACCGGGAAGAUUUCGAUAUACCUCUACCGACUGACCAAGACGAAUAUACAGCAGCCAGACCUUAUCCUUGCGAUUUUUGCAGUAGGAGAUUCAGGAAAAAAGCGAAUCUCAUGAAUCACAUGGUGGCACAUCAAACUGAUAGACCGCACGGUUGCAAUUUGUGCGGUGUUCGGUAUAUAAGAAAAUGCGAUUUAAUGAACCAUCUCAAGAUUCAUGCUUAUAUACCAGACGCAGACGGUCUAGAAGAACAAAAUAUUCAACAGAUGGACGAAAUGGAUGAUAAUACAGAUAAAAAGAAAAAAACUAAACAGAUUAAGAAAAAGAAGAAAAUCAAAGAGGAAUAUGAUCAAUACGAAGAUGAUUUAGGGGCGUCCAGUUCUCGCGGUUACAAUUACGUCGAAGAAGACGUAAAACUGAUGGAACAAAUGUCUAAUAACAUAAAACACGAUUACGAUUAUAUACACGAAGAAGAAGAAGAAGUGCAACAACCUAGUGAAUCCCGUUACCCCGUUACGGAUCCUAGAAAACCGUUCGUUUGUCAACAUUGCGGUGUAGGAUUCGCUAGAGAGAAAGCCAUGAUGUCCCAUCUUAGGAUGCAUUCGGAAGGCGACAGUCCUUUCGAAUGUCAAAGAUGCGGCGAGAUGUUUUGGGACUUGAUUCAAAUGAAGGAACAUGCCAAAGAGAAACACGGCGACGUCGAAGGCUUCGAUGACGAUGAAGACGACGAUGACGAUUAUUCCGAAGAGGAUACCAAAUACGGAACAUAUUAUUGUUCGACGUGUGGCUUAUCAUUUCACAGACAAGAUAAUCUUCGUAGACAUCAAAGGAUACACGUCAAAGAGGAAUUUGUCAACGAACACGAAUUCGGUCACAUCUGCAACGUGUGCGGGGAAUCCUUUCAGGAAGCUUUGGAUUUGUUGGCGCACGCCGAAGUACACGCCAGGACACUCGAGUAUAGGUGUAUGAUUUGCGGAGAAUUGGCAGAGGAUGAGCACGUUUUGGCGGUUCACGUACAGGCUAAACACGGUAAAAAUCUACCGCCAAAUACUUGUAUGUUGUGCGGAAGGUCCUGCAAAGACCGUAGGACCUUACUUAAACACUCCUGGGAACAUUCUAAAGAAAAGAUAUUCGCUUGUACGAAAUGCGACAAAACUUUUCAUAAUAAAGCUCGAUUGAAACGUCACAUGUUAUCGCACAGAAACAAAGUGGUAACGUGCGACGUGUGCGGCGAAGAUUUCCCCGACGGUCGUUCGUUGAUGAAUCACCGACACAGUCACAGCAACGUUUCCGGUAGGCAAUUUCCUUGCAGGGAAUGCGGUAAAACGUUCGGUUCGAGAAGUUCCCAACAAAUACACAUCAGGAUACAUACGGGCGAACGACCGUACGGUUGUAGAUUUUGUUGGAAAGCUUUCGCCGAUGGCGGUACGUUACGCAAACACGAACGCAUACAUACCGGCGAGAAACCGUACGCGUGCGCCGUUUGUCCUCGAGCUUUUAAUCAACGCGUCGUAUUAAGGGAACACAUAAGAUCCCAUCAUUCCGGUCCCGAUCCAAAAUAUUCCAAUAGUAUGACGCCGUAUUGUUGUUCGGUUUGUUCGGAUAUGUUCACCACUUCGCAAGAUUUGAUAUUACAUUUGAUACAUCAUUGCGAUAUGAAUACAGCGAUGAAACGUCAACCUCAAAUAGGUCCUAGGAAAUAUAAAAGGAGAAGGAAAUUGAAACCGCACGAAUUGGAAUUGAUAACUAGAGUUGAAGAAGGGGAUAACGAUCAAUCAGAAGAUUUAGGCGAUAAUUAUACCGAUUCGGAAGAGGAAAAAGAAAGAAAAAGAAGAUAUAUAAGAAAACAACAACCGACGAAAAAGUCGCAAUCGCCGGAAUCUUCGAAGGAAAUAGUUCCUGAUACUUACGCCGAAUUAUAUAAUAGCGUUUCGUCGACCAUAGAAAAUAUAAAUUCUUUGGUAAAUUCGAAAUCGUCGACACCGAAGGCGAAACAGCAAAUGAAGAAAUUGAAAACGGACCAAUCGAUACCGAGCCGACCGAAAAUGAUACAUACGCAAAAGACGCGCGUGCCAGUCGAAGCCGGCGAAGACGGUCGCGUAAGACACAAGACGAAAACUCUAAUCACCAGAACCCAACCGGCGGAAAUAAAAUCGGCUACCGGUGAACGUAUUCGUCCCCGAACGAAAAACGUCAACUAUCACGUCCUGCAAGAGAAAUUUCCCGUCGCGACGUUCGGCGACGUCGCCACCGAUAAAGAUACCACCCAAGAAGCCGUCGAUAAUCUAUUGAAACAAGAAAACGUUAUAGUCCAACCGGAACACGUUAUAGAGGAAACCGCAACGCCGCAACAUAAUAACGGAGUCAUAUACAUGGAUCAAUUGGAACAUCCGACAGAAGUCGGCGCCGAACAGACUGUCGAAAGCGAAACGGUUCCGCCUCCACCGGUCGCACAGGAACCGGAAAGAUUUUACGAAAUACGGAGAGUUACGACGAGAUCGAGGAGCGGGAAUCUUGGUAACAGUAAUAGUUUGAAACCGGGUAGGCACGUCAUCGGACCCGGAAGUAAAGUGAGACUCGUCAAAGAAGGUAUGAUAGUAUCGAAGGCUCGUAACAAAAAAUCCGAAUCGGAAAACGAAUCGCCGGCGGAUCAGAUCCAAUUACAACAACCGGUGAAACAAGAAAUAUUAGAUCCGAGUCCGUUGCACGAAUUGGCCGAAAUAUCAAUGCAACACGCCAACGCGACUUCGCAGAGUCUUUUUAAAUGCGAAAUGUGUAGCGAAGUGUUUACCGAUAGGGCUCAAUUACUCGUCCACGUACCGAUACACAUUUGAUGUUAGGCGUAACGCAAAAAAAAUGGGAGACGAUAUGUUGGGUAGCGCAUCCAUCGAAAAUUUUCUUAUAAAUAUGGAAAUUAGGAUAAAAAGCACCAUGAUAUGUAUAUAUACAUAUUUAAAUUGGAAUUAAGUCUGUCGGCUAUAGAUUACAAGCGUUUUCGUAGUGGGAUUGUGGCAAAAUUAAACAUCGAACUGUACUAACCCUAAUAUAUUCCGAGCCUUCGAAUACUUAUGUAUUCUUCAUCUUCUGGGAAUUAAUUUGUUAAAAAUUUCGUUGUUUCCUUUAAAACAUAUUAAAUUCGUUGAUUUCAAACAACAAUAUUCGAAUUCAAGCGUUGAAUUUAUUAUUUUUUAAGGAAAACAACGAAAUUUGUAAUUAAUUAAUACCCAGACGAUGAAGAAUACAUAAGUAAUCUAAAGCUCGGAUAUAUAUUAGAGUUAGUACACUUCGGUGUUUAAUUUUGCCACAAUCCCACUACGAAAACGCUCAUAAUCUAGUUGGCAAAGACUUCCUUCUAAUUCAUAUACAUAUUUUUAAAAUUAUUUUGUUGAUAUUUCUUGUUUUUUUUUUAAAAAAAAAAUAUAUAUGAAAUUGCGUUAUGUACAGCAGCGUAUUUUUAUUUUUUGUUCUAAUUAGUUUGGUGUCUAGAUUAUAUUAUAUGAAAUUAAAUUUUUAGAACAUUA